AUGCGCCGAACAUUUCUGAGGACUCCGCAGGCAUGCGAUGCAUGUCGCCGUCGCAAGUCCAAGUGUGAUGGCAUCCGACCUCGAUGCAAGCGAUGCGCAUCCAGAGGCAUUACCUGCGUCUGGUCCACUCCAGACGCUUCUCAGGAACCCCGAGCAGCACCCCAGACACCCCGUUCCGUCACUCAAGAGCCCCAAGAAGCCAUAUCAGAGCCUCAAGUAACUGUCCGCACGCCCCAGACAGUAGCACGAGUGCCCAUCAUCGAUGCAGAGCCUCUCGACAUCACGGCCAAUGGCCUCAAGGCAUGCCUGAGUCUCUUUUUUGAUAGACACUUUGCUAGUGACUUUUGCUCUUUUGAUCACCGACCGGAUUUUGAGCAAAAAUGCAUGCAGCAUCCUCUUCUUUCGGCCACAGUCGUGGCUCUCUGCGGCCGUUACCUCGAACCUCAGGAUGCACUCUCCUUGUUCCAGCUUCCGACUGGCGCUGCCGUCUCCAAGAACUAUCUUCAUCAAGCCCGGUUCCUGGCAAAGAUGUCGUCGGAUCAGCCGACCGUCUCUAACAUUCAGGGUAACCUCUUGCUUGCCCAAGCCGAACUCCUCUCCAAUUCUGGAUCCCGGCAUUGGCUCUUUGCUGGAACAGCUAUCCGGAUGGCUGAGAUCAUGCGCCUCAACAAGGACUUUCACAAGAAGCACAGUCUCAAAGAGCAGGAAGUGCGUCGACGCACCCUCUGGGCUUGUCUCAUAUUCGAUAGAGCGUUGUCCUAUUUCCUCGCCAAACAUCGCACCAUUGACCUUGAGAAUGUCGGCAUACCCGUACCUAGCAAUGACGCAUCGUUGGUCUAUCAUGAAGAGACUAGAGGUGUCACUCUUGGCGAUCUCUCAACUUAUCGUCGUCCAUCCGACCUAGGCCUGAGCCCGUAUCUUAUCAAGACGGUUUGCCUGUGGAGUGACAUGGCCGACUUUGCUGUGUACUCGCGGAGGAACCUUGACAAGUUUGCACCCACGGAUCCCCGAAGCAUUCUCGCCGUUCGGUACCAUGCUCUCCAGAAUUGGAGCGAGUCACUGCAUCCUAGCCUCUGCUGGAGCACAGCGAAUUUUCACGAUCAGUGUACUCUUGGUGCGGGAACAACCUUUGUUGCCAUGCACUUUUUGCUCCGCAGUGCUGCCUGUGUUGCCCAUCAAUGUUAUCUGCCUCAUCUAGCCAUGUUCACACAGCUCUGUGACCUCGUCGAUGGCGCUGGAUGGUCCUACCUACACAGAGAGCAGUCACUUCUGGAUGUCUGUGUCUCGAAUGCCCUGAAAAUCGGUGAAAUGCUUUCCUACCUAGCGGACCAAGAACAAGGAGGCAUGUUCGGUCACUCUUCACUACAGACCAUCUGGGUCGCAUCCUCACUGCUCAUUGCUGCCAAUACUUUUCUCUGGCUUGAGUACGCCCAGGAUGAAUCCUAUUCGGGUGAAGACAUCCAGCAGAAAGCCAAGACCUACUUCCAACUGGCUGAGCAGCUCAUAUCCUCGUGGGUAUCCGAGUGGAAGGCCGCCAAACAAUGGCUGAUGGCCUUCAAUGUGAUGAAGACCCUGUACAAGGCUGGCUACCGGGGUGAGAUCCACGAAGACAUGCUCAGCCCAGGAUCGUCCCAUUCUGAUGAUGAUUCCGCCGAUGACUUCCGGCCUCAGCCUGGAGACGGGUACCCGUCACUCAUCUCCCUUCCACACCUGCAGGCUUCUAUCAAAUUUGCCACAGGUGAUACUUCGGCCAAGCUAAUCGAUAUGCAAUCUAUCUGGCUGCAACUCUCUAAUGGCUGGCCCUAUGGGUUUAGUGCGCCAGCGUGUUUAUUAACAUCAGCUGGUGCUAGUGACGCGCAGCGGGCAAAGCGUGUCGCCGAAGAUAUGGCCGCACCUCUCGGCGACGAGAAAGUCAGUUACUCGCGAUCAUCUAGUGUCACCAUGACCAGCAGAGGCCAAGAGAGUGGGGAGGAUGAGGAGGAUAUCGCCUACCUAUUUACCUGCUCUGUGAUACCUUUCGGCAAAUCUCUUUUAUGCCCACCGCGCAUCGGCCGUGCUUCCUCUGGCGCGAUUAUUACAAAUCCGAUCGUUGUUCUGGAUGAUGAUGAUAUACCUAUCUUUAUUUCUGACGACGAAGAUGCUGGAGGCAUCAACAACGGCAAGGGCAAGGCAAGAGCUGUUGUUCAUGCUCCGCACACGUUUAGGCCACACGGAAGUCCAUGGCUUUGCCCCCUUCUUCCUCCUCAACAAUGCGGACUUGCAGACACUUCUCAGAAGGGUGAUGAGGGCAGCCAGUCUCGGGCAGAGGCUUUGCCUGUCCGCGAGAAGGAUUUCGGUGGCAAGAGUGAUAGCGACGACCUUCCUUCCGUGGGUCAACUCAGACUCAGGAACAGGAAGAAGCGGGCAAGAGCUCAAUCCCCAACUACCUAUGGAUUCCCCGGGCCCCUCGACCAGAAGACGCCAUGGUACCGUUCACACCGCAGCAUCCUCAUCCUCAACGUCGGCACUAGGACCAGCCCUAGAAUCAGGGUCAUCGACGAGUUCAUCGCGCCCGGCGCCAAAAUCACCACCAAGUUUGAGGAGACUCAAUGUUUCACUGGCAUCUUCCAUGCCAUCCCUAAUGCAUCCCUCACAUUGUGCAUCCAGGCGGCGACGCCUGCCAAGCGACACGACAGAGAGAAGAUUUGGUAUAUGACAUAUACCCUCUCUCUCAACGCCUUCCGCACCAAUAAUCGGCCACACAGAAAGACUUUGUUGGUCACCGAGAGGCAAACCCUGGCCGAAUUUCAAGAUUCCCUCACCGGGUACACGGCGACGAGCCACAUCUGCAACUGGGCGCUUUGCAUCAACCCAUUACACGUCGCCUCUGAGCAAAAGUCCGCCAAUCGAGAACGGAACAAGUGUUUUCAGCGUGCCAAAGAGAACGCCAACAAGGGCCAGCCUGUCGCGAGACACUGCAAUAUGCACACCCCUCCCUGCCUCCUGCAAAACGCAGCCACGCCUCUCGCAUCGAAGGUGCUGGCGGAGUACGAAACGCUCGGCAACACGAUUCCUCAGGAGCUCCCCGCCCAAACAAGAUCGGCUGAAGGCCCAGGUGCAUUUGUCGAUAAGCCCACCAUAUUCAAAUGGAAUGGAGACAUACGUAAGGUAGAGCGCGAGGUCGCACUACCUCGAGUUGAGGAUGAAGUCCAGCAAGGCAAGCCCCAGGAGCUUGAGUGCAGUUCUUCGGGAUUUGGCCGCCUUGUUCACCAGUUUAUGACAUCCAUGGAUUGA